AUGAACCACGAGGUAAUUCAAAAUUUAAUUAAACACUUCAGAGCACAUGAAUACAUUGCAAUUGAUUCUAUAUUUAAGCAUAUCUCACAGAAGCAAGAUUAUUUUGAGGAUUUUAGUCGCAAGGAUUAUGAGACAUUUAGUGAAAUACAUUCAACAUAUGAAGAAAACAAUGAUGAAAUGAAACGAAUGAAAGGCUAUCUUAAGUUGAUUAUAGGGUAUUCAUGGAAUGAGGAAGGGAAAUAUGACGAAGCAUUAAAAUUCUUUACAGUAGCCCUUGAUCAUUUGAAAGAUACAAGCCUCCUAUUAUGUGCAUUCAACAUUUCUGAUAUAUGUCACAAUAAAGACAAUCUAAGCACCUCUAUAAAUCAUUUGACUCUAAAAUGUUUCCAGAUGUUGCUUGGAGAUAUCCGUAGACUCCCACCAACUUGGAACAUAACAAAUAUUUAUGCAAAUGCUUUAACUUACUAUGGCAAACAUUGUCCUCCACACGAUUUCGAAGUAAUAUGCCUCAAAGCUUUGGAAUUUGACCCCCACAACGAAAUAUAUUUGGGCGAAUAUGGGCGUUACGCUUUGAACCAAGCAUUAGAAACCUUCAACAGUGAACAAAUAAAGGAUUGGCUGUCACGAUUGACUAAACUCAAAGAGCGAGGGUUGGUGAAGGAAGGUCUGCUCAGCUUUUGCGGAAGCUUUUACCUCGCUGCUAGAAAGAUAUUUUACACCUUCAACGAUUGGAAACAAAGAAUCAAAGCCCUAAAUGAUAUCGAAAACUCGAAAUUCAAUUCCGACGAUUACCCGGAAACUAGCUUCCUAUUGGCUCGCACCUAUUAUAUGAUCAGGGAUUACGAAAAAGCUGUUUUCCAUUUGGAUAGAUGUAAAUCGCAACUCAAAGAAUGUUCCAGGGGUUAUCACGAUAUAUUGAGAAACUUGAUCGUCGUAUUCGACAUUUUGAUUAGGUACGGAAAAAUGGAAGCAUCCAGUGAUACUAUCGAUAAGACGCUUGCUAAAGAAUUACUUCCGGUAAAUUCUAAAUGGGCCAACGUGCUAGCAUUAACUCACGGAGAGGAAGUCGAUAACCCGAGUAGAUAUUUUUCGGAAAAAGAGGAUGCCAUUUCAAAUUGGUAUGUCUUAGGGCGGACCAAAGAUGCUGGAAUUCCUCCUUAUAACUGCUAUUCACAAUGCUUAGAAUUAAUCGCCAGUUAUGAAACCGAUUGCAGUGACAAAAAUAAAAACGUCUCCUCCACUUCGAAAUAUCACUAUACCCCGUUCGAGUAUUCUUUGAUCAAGAGCGCAUGCUUGAUUGAAUUCGCCCGUAUACUUUGGACCCACAGGACCAAAUCGCCGGAUAUGAAGGAAAGGUUCGUCGAAGCAGCUUUCAAGGCUUGUCAUUCAAAUCCCUUCAUAGCUUUGCCCUAUCGUUUAUUAGCCCUUUACUACGAAGAAUGUCACAAGGAAUCUGUUAAACUCGGUAGUAUUAACAUAGCCAAGACCCAUUUAAAGGCAGCCUGUUUGUGCACGGAAAAGGCUUGGAAGGUUUCUCGUUACAAAAAUUUGGCCUACGGUAUCACGUUGGCAGAUUACUAUUUAGAACUGGGUGACAGUAUAACAGCUUACAAACACCACCUCGAAUCAAUGGCGCGUAUAGUGGAGGACAAGCCUAGGGAUAGAUUCGUUAGUUGGGUGUACAGGAGACUGGGCAUCCUCAACUUGCAUUUGAGGAAGUAUGACGUCGCCAUAAAUUAUUUCAAUCAGGUGUUCCACGAGGAUCCGGAAGACAUCGAAUCAUGGAAAGGUUUGGGCGAAGCUUAUUUCAAUAACAAGUCCUACAAAAUUGCGCUCAGGGCUUUUCAAGAAGCGCUCAGCCACGACGAUAAGGUAAAGACGGACUCUCAAUCCCAACCCAGUACUUAUAAAAAAUUGGACCAAUCCUAUUACAACACCAAGCUAGCCCGAAUUUAUUACCGGCUGGGGAUGCACGAUAAAGCGAUAUACGAGUUGGAACAAAUUUUAUACACCAAACCUGGAUACCUUCCAGCGAUAUUUAGCCUCGCUCAAGCGUAUGUGGAUCUAUGCAAGACAAAUUUAGGUAAGCAUUACGAUGAACGAGCCGUUGUCUAUUGCCAAAACGCCUUAGGGUUAUUGAUUUCUCUGCUCAAUUUUUCGACCACCGAUAGCGACGUGGGGAUAAAUGACUCGUUAAAGUCUACAAUUUCUAGCCAUCUUUUGGAUUGGUAUGGUUGUCCCAAUUGGGCCCAUUUUUGGAUUUUGUUUGGCGAAGCCAGCGCCCUACUGCACAACUUUCCUUCCCAAAAAAUUCUGGGAUUCCAGUUUCAUCUCAGAUCAUCCUCACCCCACGCCAAAAUAUUCCAGGUGUGUCUCGCCGAAAACGCGGAAGGUGACGGAGCAUUGCCAUUAUCAGCAACCUCCUCCCACAAUGAGGAUAACAAGAGCAGGAACACGGAGAAAACGAGGAAAGAUUUGGAUCCCCAAAAAAAUCCCGCCAAGACAAACGAGAACCAAUACGUGGUAAACCAGUUGCGACAAUUGCUAAAGUUAUCGACUUGUUGUUACUUGCGCGCCCUCCGCAUAUUUCCUUCUUCUCAACCCUUAUGGCUCAAAAUAUGCACUACUCAUAUGUCUUUGGCCAGAAGCUAUCCUUCCGGAGAUCCUGGUGCUAAAAUACUCGUUGCCAAAACUUAUCACUUGGUGAAUCGUUGGUGCGAAAAGUUUCCCGCUUACGCCGACAUCGUAAAAUCGAAACAAAGCAAGCUGGAAAAAUCCAUUAACAGCACGAGCGUGGCGAAUCACGAUUCUUCGAUUUCGAAUUACUUUAUGGGAAAUAAUCAAGCGAACGGGACCGAGAAAACAUUGUUAGAAACCGUCGUUUAUUAUUACUGUAUGUGGUACAACGCGAAAGCCAUUUUAUUGGCGUCAUCUGAAAUAUCUCGAUUUGCCAUGGCUAAAGACGUUUUUAAAAGCUGCGUUUUUUUGGACAAGAAUAACGCUAUGUACUGGAGUAACAGUGCAAUCUUAAAUUUAUUGCAAGACAAUAAAGAGGAUGCAAAAUCCAUUUUUAAAAUAGCCAAAGUCUCGGAUCCUAGUUACGCCUCAGCCUGGGCUGGAUUAGCCAUGAUCGCCUACAUGGAGAAAAAAUACGAAGACGCUUUGGUUCUUUUCGAACACUGCUUUACUAUGACCAACACCAAAUACGUGAUAAUGGGCUUUGCGAUAACCCUAUUAACCCAGCUUUCUCUCCUUUCAUCCCUUUCGGAUCUACAAGCGUCUCAAGGCGCGUCUUCCAUGAGUUCCGCCUCAUUUUACCGCGAAAAGAUGAGUCCCAAUUUCGAGCUGGCUAAACGUUUCCGCAUAUUUGCUCAUUUGGAAACCUGCGCGGACUAUUUGCGUAGAGGGGUAUUAUUACGCAAUCCGCGAAACGCCCGCGCUUCUUACUUGUUAGCCUUGGUUACUCAGUACGCCUGGGGGGACGCUGGUAGCGCAUAUACCCUGAAAUACAGCCAAAAAGCCUUCAAUAACGUCUUCGACUCGAUUGGCGUCGAAAUUAAUCGAAAAAUAGCUUCGUUUGUUGAGAUGACGAAAUCUGAUGCCAGUAGUUUAAGCGACGUUUCGUCUCAGGAAAAAACGAAGGAACUUUCAGACUUUUUCCGCAACAUUGAAACCUUGAUCAAAAUGGCCGAUUUAUAUGGGACGGUUUUAGCGGACCGGGGCGAUUUGGAACAAAGUCUAGCCUUGGUCGAACGUAUAUGGACCGACGUUCCUUUCAUGGUUUACGAAUUUACCGGUGUAGGUUUUGGCCCGGAGUCAUAUUCCACGCGAGAGUUUGACCAGUUUUUCCCUUUCCAGAAAAAUGAUGGUGGUACAUUGGAUACCGGCCUUAAAAAGAAAUUGCCGAGCAGUUUAAGCGAACAAGUUAGACAUGAUUUGUGUGUACCCAUGUUAAGAUUAGCUUUCGUUAAAGCUUACGCCUUGACUCUCAUGGGAAAUCAAAAGCAAGCCUUGGAAGUAUACGAUGAAUGGGAAACCGAAUCCCGAAGAUUAGCCCUGAUAGGUCGAAAGGACAUUAGCAAUGAUCGCGAUAAAAUGCUCGUUCUGAAAUCGAUAGCUCAAUACUUUGGCGGGCUUUCUCACAUGGCUACUCAACAAAUAUCUCAAUUUGAUUACGUCAAAUUUUUGGAACCGUUUUGCGUGGACAGCCUUAUGGCUAAAUGGUGUUUGCACGUACUCGAAGCCAUCGACAAACAUUCUGACGCUUCUACCAAAAUAUCGCUCGCGUUAGUGGACCCGAUGCCGAUUUUGAAGAAUAAUUGCUCGGUGAUCAAGAAUAUGCCCUCCGUUUUUAUGUACCUCAUCUUGAGGAUGAUCAGGGUUAACGACGAAAACUUCAACUUUGUCCGGAGCAUGGAAUACCUUCGAUUCGUCACCGCCAUUUAUAACGAGAAAUCGAAUUCUACCUCGAACCAACCGCAGUCAAUUCUGUCCAUCGCCGCAACUCUGCACGGCUCUUUUGGCGCAGCUAAGGAAACCAUUUUCGUGACGCUCUUGUCGAAAUAUUUGUCCCAAUACGAAUACAGAACAUUUGACCAGUUUUCGUUUAUAAAGACAAACCUUUCCACUUACUUCAAAAACGUUCAUCACUGUUACCUGCUUCAAAAGGCCCUGUCAAAUUUUAGUACUCCCAAACUUUCCAACAUAGACGACUUGAACCUGGCCGAAAUAUGUUUAGGUUCUGGGGGGAACCCAUUGGAAGAAGAGACUUUGAGUUACAGGGAAUCAUUGUUCAAGGGAUUAGUUUUGUGUGCAAAGUCUAGUAGUGGGAAAACGUGUUUGGACGUUAUGAUGCACAUAGUUUUAGGAAAUGUCAAUGAGGCCUAUAAAACCGCUCAAAUGAUUUACCACCAAAAUCCCUACAUAUUCGAUAAUCAAUUAUUGAUGGCGUUAGCGUGUUACGGGAAAUCGAUAUAUAGUACCUCGAACGAACAAUAUUCAAUGGGCUCCUUUACCGACUAUGCGCUCAAAACAAUCAUUGACUUGUCAAGGGAUCGCUUGCAAUUGUACCAUUCCUCCCGCGUCUCCAAACUUUACCCUAAUGCCGCCUUACCUAACGGUUACGUGAAGGAUACCAUUCACGGCCCAAAUUCUGGCCUCACUAACGGUUACGCGAACGAUGCUGUUAAUAACAAUAACCUAAAUAAUUCUAACGCCAAUGUUCCCGACCACUCAGCUGAAUCCGUCUCUAUCAUCGUAAACAGGCUUUUAUCGUGCCUCGAGUACACGCUACUCCUCAAAUUUUGUGUAGAACCCUUGAAAUUAAACGCCGAAGCCUCUUUAGAGCCCUUGAAAUUAAAGGCCGAAUCCUCUUUAGGGCCCUUCCUAAAAUUCAUGGAUUCCAUUCACGGCGAGUCUCUACAAAGUUACGACCAAAUGUGCGAAAAAUUGAGUUUGGAUUCUAGUCGGACACGAUAUGUUGAAAGGUACAGAAAUAAAAACGGGAUUCCCCUCCCUAGCAAGACCGCUAUCCGCAAAUCGCUCCUGCACGCCUCGUUAGCCCUCAUUCUGUCCUACCAAAAAACGCAUUUUUUGACCCAACUGUUUCGUUUACAGCAUUCUUUACAAUUUCUAGAUUUCAUAAUUGGGAGUAUGAUGGUUCAAAAAGUCGAUCAAAUUAACAACCUAGACAUGGCCGAUUUUAACGAUUUUUUAACCAAUUUCAAAACCGAUCAGCAGUUUGUUAGUCCGAAAUUUAAGCGUUAUCUUCAACACAUAAUUUACACCCAUUUUACAUCCAUCUACUGCAACAAGGCCACCACUCCUUCGUCGUCUGUUGUCGAAAAGAGGUUAUUGAUUUUUCAAUUUGACAUGAAUCCGUCACAUCAGGAUUCAUUACUUCCCUGCAAUCAAAUCAUAAAGCAUUACGCUCCUACUUCUAGCAAUUCGACCAAUCUGGUAGAACGAUAUUUUAAGUGUUUGUCACAAUUCGUUAUACAAAAUUACAAAGGGAACCACGGGGAGAAUGUUGGGGGAGACAUUUGCCAACAACAAUGUAAGAGUAACAAUGAAGAGAUAGGUGACCAGGCAAAUUCGUUGCAAAUGUUGGUGCAAAUUUUCAAGAAUUCAGCGAUUGGAUUGGAAACCCAUAACGGUUGCUGGGAUCUUUUGUGCAAUAAUUUACUUCUGCAGGCGAGGGAGCCCUUGAGGGACAGAGAUGAACUCGAAAAAAGAAAUUCAACCGCUAAUCUUCAGUUGUAUCUCAAAUCCGAUAAUAGUAUCGAAAAUGGAAAAAUUGCUCAAAUUUUAUCAAUUCUUUUUUAA